AAUCAAAUAAAUACGCGCUCAAUUAAGUCAGUGCUGUAAGGCAGCCCUCACAAAAUAAACAAAAUCAUCAGGAACUCGGACUCACUGAACUGUAGAGAUGGAUGAUCCUCUUAAACCAAAGCCCAUUCCCCUGGCGGCAGAGACUGUGUUAUGGUUCGAAUUUUUAUUAGAUCCAGAACUGAUAACAAAACAUCUGAGAAAAUCCAAUCCCGAUCCUACCGCUUUGGAAUUACUUACUCAAUUCAUUUCUAUGACCCCGGACAAUGUGGUCGUUCAGCAAUUCGAUUUAACUAGUGCGGAACCCACCGCCAUACCCGGUGGACCUGCUGGUGUUGUAGGUACUGCGCCCAGCAAUGACUGCUUGCGUCUGACACGCAAACAAAUCGCUUUAAAGGUGCUGGCCUUAAAAGUGGCCACUUGGCUUAAAUGGAACCUGGAUGUUUUCGAGAAAAACCUCUCUAUACCCAAACAAUUAUUUUUGCUGCGAGAUUUAUGCACAAUAAGUUUUGGAAAGUGCGUAGGAAUACCACUGACGAAUGAGUUCCAGCCUACAAUAACGCCAGAUGGCAAUGAAAAAGCUGCAAAAUUUGCUCUGACAUUUUACCAUCGUUGGGUUUUGCGUUUACAGAUUCUAAAGGAUAUCGCUGUAAAGGCUGCCAGACCCACAGGUAUGGGAAAUAUGUUUGUGCCCAUGGAGCCAAUGCAUCAAUUCUUUGCUCCCGACAUCUUGCCACAGCCGAGUAUUGAUUACCUUCAGGAUCUUUGCAAAUCUACCGAGCCAUUUCAUGUUUUUGCCUACGAGACGUUUAAACCUCCUCACCCAAAUGAAGAUCAAAGCGUUCCACAGCAAUUUGAAUCCCUGUUUCAAAUAUCACCAGCCGAACUGAGAACCCAAAUCUAUUAUGAUUUGGUCAAUUUCUAUCUUUAUACCAAGCAAUACCCUUUGGCACGCGAAGCGGUUAGUGAGUGCCGCCGCUAUUUAGAUUUAACCAAAGCUGAAUAUGAAAUGAUAGGCAAAACAUCAUCACAAUUUGUAUUUUGUCAUGUAAAUGAAGAUGAGCUGGAAGGUUAUCUGCUGGCCUGUGGCUUAAGCGCCCAAUCGCAGACAUUAACAGAACGUUUUAAUAUGGCUCAACUGAUCCAGUACAAGGAUAUUCUCGAAAUUCUUAAACUGGACAAUCGAGCACGAGAAAUUCCUUUGGUAAAUAGGCGCAUAGUAGAGCUGGACAUAGAAGGAUCCAUUUCACAGGGAAUUCUCAAGGAAAGCCGACAGUUGGAAAUGCAAGUUGCUGCUUUGAAUGUCAUACGCAGCAUAUUCGAAGAGGGAAACAUUUUUGCCAGCGUCGAAUAUUUUGAAAAAUACAGUCAAAUGGGUUGUUUCACUGCUUUAGCUGAUGGCAUUAUGGAUAUUUUACCUCAUGCCACACUAAGUGAACGCAAUCUAUUGAGCCAAUUUGUUGUCAAUAUCAUCAUAAAACAUCAAAAUAAACAAUGGCUACAAGAGGCCCAACAAUUGAAUUUGUUUUCGUCGACCGAAAUCAAAGAUUUGGAGCAACAAAUCCAAGAAGAAGAAUUGCCACAGCCGGCAUUGGCUUUGUUACAUGAAUGGAAAUUUACUUCGAAAAUGCCCCGCAUCGAGAUCGGUUCCCUGGAGAGGCAAUUAAUUUCAUGCACAAAUGCCAAUACGGUGCGAAAACUUUUGGUUAAAUUGGCGGCCACCAAUCCUACAAAGCCAUUGUGGACAGUAAAUCCAAGCUGGGAAAUAGCUACACCAAUUAAGUCAUUAUUAAUGUCCAUGCAAAGGGGGUUCCUGCAAGAUUUUGCCUAUGUUUUACUGGGGAAGUCGCGUGAAUUGACCGCCAAAGGAGACUUUAUAGGAGCAGUCUCAAUGCUAAGUGUGUUAAAAUCAGAAACACAAAGACCAGAACUUUCAAACUCUUCUAUCAUAUCCAAGUUAGGAAAAUUGGUCAGCUGGGAAAUUUUGUUGAUACAAAUCACUCAAAGCUUAGACGAAUGGAAUCACAAAACCUUGGAUUUACAAUCGCUGGGGAAUCGUUGUAAACAAUGUCUUACUUCAUUGCAGACCAAUGACAACAUUAUACCACGCAUAGAAAUCAUUGAAAGUUGUGCCACUAUGUUAUUAAAUCUUAGCGACUGGAAUGCUGUAAUAAUGCUGGACAAAAGACUGCCUCAGCUGGAGUUGGUAAUAGCUUUUGCCGCAACUUUUGUGGACAUGGAAAAGAUGAAAGGUUCAAAGAAAAUAUGCCGAGACGCCUGGGAUUUGGUUUUAUCAAUGUUUUUGAAUACCUCAAAGAGGGGUGGUAGCGCCGGAGCUGGUUCCGGUUCGGGAGGAGGUAGUUCACGUAAUUCUCCCUGUCUGGCUGUAUCGACAGGACUUUAUCCAUUUUUGAAGCGUAUAAGACACCAGAUGCUCUUUAAUUUGGCCAUUUCAAUGCUGGGUAAAAUCCAUAAUAUACUUAAAGACGAUGUCAAUCAUGAUUUGAAUGGAGAAUACAUGCAACUAUGGCCCACUAGCAUAAGCAAUCCCAUUGGAUAUAACAUAAGAUCCGUUUGUGAGACACUUCACUGGUUGUUAACAGAAGCAUUAAAAUAUUAUCCUCAGACCAUUCCAUGGCUUAAAAUGAAAGGUGAUCUUGAAUUAGCAAUUGGUAAUAAUGAAGCAGCAAUGCGUUGCUAUAUUAAUGCCUUAAUCACUGGCACCGAUUAUUGCAAUGUACCUCUGCCACGAAAUAUAGCAGAUGAUUAUAUCAUACGCAAAAUGAUAAGAUGCUCUUCAAAUCUGGGCUGUCACAUGCAGGCAACGGUUUUAUGUCAGUUUUUGGAAGAAAUCGAUUACGGCAUCGUUUUCAAAAAUCUUACUGAGAAGUCUGCAAAUUUUACCGAUGCUAUGGAUGCGUACUAUAAUUGUAUAUGGGACACCACACUUUUGGAGUUUAUAAUAAAUCUACAUGCCAAGAAGGGGGAACACAGCCGCAAAUUAGAGGCGAUCUCGGUAAUGGGCACUUUGGAAUUGAAUGCCAAUAACAAUGAGGAAAUAAAACGUGAGGCCGCUUCCAUUAGGAAAUCUCGAUUUAUUCGGGCUUUGGCAAAACAGUAUUUACUAUAGAACACACUUUUUAAGAAUAUUUUUACAAAAUUAUUUUUACGAUUUUUAGCAUAUUUUGGAUGAUCAAUGUAUCGACUUUUUUUAAUUUUUUCUUAUUUUUUUUACAAAAAAUCAGUUACAAAAAUCCAUUUGGAAAUGUGCUUAGAAGUAGCCUUCUUUUUUAUACACAAACCGUAAAAGGAAAAAAAAUAAUCAAGUAGAAGUCUAAAUGCUCCAAAUAUGGAGCAAAUACAAAUACAAAGGAGUUAAGGGGUCGAUUAUGGAUAGCAACCCAACUUCAGUUGCCAACUGGUAAAUUUGUAAUAAAAAUUUCCAUUUCCUCUUUGAA